GACGCUACGAGGUUAAGAGACCUGCCUGGGGACACACAGAGCAGGAUUUGAACCCCAGGGCUUCUUGAUUCUAAGACCAGCUCUUGGUCUCCAGGUGGCGAAGAGAGAGUUGAGCUACGAUAAUGUCGUUCAUCUUUGAGUGGAUCUAUAAUGGCUUCAGCAGUGUCCUGCAGUUUUUAGGACUCUACAAGAAAUCUGGAAAACUUGUGUUCUUGGGUUUGGACAAUGCCGGCAAAACGACCCUUUUGCACAUGCUCAAAGAUGACAGAUUGGGCCAGCAUGUUCCAACAUUACAUCCAACGUCUGAAGAGCUGACAAUUGCAGGAAUGACGUUUACAACCUUUGAUCUUGGUGGACACGAGCAAGCCCGGCGGGUUUGGAAAAACUAUUUACCAGCAAUUAAUGGGAUUGUCUUCCUGGUGGACUGUGCAGAUCAUCCUCGCCUCUUGGAAUCCAAAGUUGAACUCAACGCACUAAUGACAGAUGAAACAAUAUCCAAUGUGCCAAUCCUUAUUUUGGGCAAUAAAAUUGACAGAUCAGAUGCAAUCAGUGAGGAGAGACUCCGUGAGAUAUUUGGGCUUUAUGGACAGACCACAGGAAAGGGAAAUGUGCCCCUGAGGGAGCUGAACGCCCGCCCCAUGGAGGUGUUCAUGUGCAGCGUGCUCAAGAGGCAGGGCUACGGCGAGGGUUUCCGUUGGCUUUCUCAGUACAUUGACUGAUGUGGGGGCAGUGAAAAUAAAAGCCUUUUGCUUCUCUGGACUGAUCCUGUUCACAGCUUCCUCGUGGACUUUUCUCUUAUGACACGGAAAGCUCUCCGACCACAUCCUGGCGUUGGGAAAGCCGGGAGGAGCCUUGGGUGGCUCUCUGAUGGCCCAGUGGUGACACGUGUUCUUUUCCACCCUUUGGGGGGAGCAGAGUGCCUCCCCACGGGCUGGGUGAAGCCGGCUCUCGCUCUCUGGGGCUCUUGCCUGCCAGGGCCCUUUGCAGGGGCAGCUGAAAAGAACAACUUGUCUCACCACUGUAGUCGAUAGAAAAAGAAAACGAUUCUAUUUUUUAAAAUGAGUGUUAUCAAUGUAAUCCGUGUCCCUUCCAACUUCUUCAUUUAACAUUCACUUGUUUAGUCCAGAGUCUACAUUAGGGUUGGUUUUUUUAAAAAAUCUAUUUAAUGGCAUUUAGAUAUUUUACAAAAAUACUGAGCAAAUAUAUUUGAGACCCACAGUAAAUCUAGGUUUGGGUGUGGUUGCUCUGUUGGACUGGGCAGAUUUUGGAUCAGAUGCUUUCAUGGCCGAGUGGUUCAGUGAGGUCUCUUGGAGCUCACCUAUCUUUGGUGACUGCCUUGCCUUAGGAGGUGCUGGUCUAGGUACUUUUUCCUCCUGCUGCAUGGAGUACUAGGAGAGGGACAGCAUCUUGGUGUCCAGUUUUGUCAAUGGGUUUUCUGCAGCAGUAGAUUAGGGUCAUAAUUCUUUAUCAAAGGGGCUAAUCAUUUGCAAAAAAAAAAAAAUUAGAAAAGUACACAACAUUCAACUUACUUGUCGUAAAACGGUUAUAAAUUUAAGCCAGGUUCUGCUUUUAUACUCUCUUGAAUUUUCACUCCUGCCUAUAGCUCCUUCUUUCUUCCUUUUCAGUUAUUUAAAAACAACAACAAAAAACUGACUUAAUCCUCCCCAGAAAGCAGCGGGACCAAAAUCAGGCAUUCUGCUUCGUUGCACGCUGCAGAUGUUUUAAGUCACUUUUUCACACAGGUUAGGGAGCCAUCCUCCGAAGACAACUGAUACACAGGGGAGCACCGUAUUGGCUUGAGAUCAUCAGAUUCUCCAUUGAUUAGGAACUGGAUCUGCUUGGUGAUUCCAGAAAGGGUGACUGGGAUUGAACUGAACUACUGGAUUAUGGAAGUUGGGUGCAUGGGCUUAUGGGAAGAAGGGGAGAAGUGGACAAGAGGAUAUCUUGGAAUAGGGAAGAGUUGGUAUAACUCUUCAAUCAGGCUUGGCAUUCUUGAUGCUCAGUAUUGGGGCGCCGGAGUACCCCAUGGCCAAAUACUGUAGUGGUUUAGCACCAUGACAGAUGUGUGACAGUCUUGCAGGGCCAUAGUUUUCCUGUCCAAAGGAUGCUUCUCUUUUUUGAAUAUUUUGCAGUUGAUGUUAUUUCUUAAAACAGCAAAGCAACAAAAUGAAAGUUUAUGUGGGUUUGGAAGGGGCAGAUGCCUUAAAAGUGAACAAAUCUAGUUAUCAGUGACUGAACCACAUAGUGGCCUUCCUCGUCUUUUUUUUUUUCGCAAGAAGCUGCUCAUACUUCUCUCCAUGGAGACUUGGGAAGGGUGGUCACUUCAGUGUCGAGCUAAUUUUUCUCUGUAGUAAGUUAGACAGUCAUUGCCCCAAGCUAGGGCAACCUUCUGUGAAAGUGGUCUAUGUUUACCACUGGAGAAAGAAGGGGCCAAAGUGAGAGGAAGCAUCCUCCUUGUGCCUCGUGGUGUAUGCACCAUUCCUCUACAGAGACUGCUGAGAAAUACAGCCAGUGGAAGUUCAACAUGUGAUUACAUCAAAGAUCCAGGGCUGCUUACAGACAUUAAUGUGAAUGGAAACUUCAUUAUGUUGUAUCAAGGUGUUUGCUGUUCCCCUUUCUGGAAAAGUGAAGCAACCUUUUGCAAAAGGAGGUCAUUCUGUAUCCAAUGCAUUUUAAUAAAAAGGUAAAAAAAGAGCUUGCCACUGAAUGUACUAGUCUAGUUAUGGUUUGACCACGGGGUGUGUCUAAUGUCCCCAGAAAACCUUGAGAAAGGGAGAGAAGAAAGGAGCCAAGGUGACCUAUCUCACAAAAGGAUCCUGGUGUACCCUGAAAUCCCCUGUGUUCUCUAGGUGCUUGAAGUCAGCUUGUCAACAAGCAUAAUUUAUAAGUAUUAAAUACCUACCAUACACCUAGCACAGUGCUAGGAGCUUGGGGUCCAAGGACGAAAAAUAAACUUUGUGUUCUCAAGAAACCUAAGCUCUAUUGGGAGACAGUCUGGCUUUCAAGAGUGUACAGGAGAAAUACAGAAUGGGAGGGCAGGCUGCUAACACCUGAGGGGAGGUCAGGAGAACCGUAGGCCUUCGUGUGGAAGCUGAUUCUUGAGCUGGAUAUUGUGACUAAGGAGAGGAAAGAAUGUGUUUGUGCCUCGGGGGCGAGGUACAAUGGGGAGAAUACAGAGGCAGAGGGGGGAAAUGGACUGAUGGGUGAGAAGAACAGGGAGAACGUAGAAGGGGCUUAAUAUGGGAUGAGGAGGGAAAGAGAGGAUGGGGCUUUAAAAGGCAAACAAGUUGGAAUAGGGGGCCGCUACGGUUUUGUUGAGUGGUGCGGUGACCUCACGUUAGCAGCUGUGUGGAUGUAAAGAGGUGAGAUGUGAGGCAGGAGACAUGCAGAAGCUAUUGCAGUAGGCAAGGGGAGCAGAGACGGGGCCUAAACUAAGGGGGUGGCUGGCCCAAUAGAAGGAAACCGUUUUGAAGGGGUAUUGAGUUUAGAAAUAGCAAGGUUUGGCAACUGAUGGAACAUAUGAGAUGAAAUUUGAGGUUUACAAAGUGGUGCCUUGGGCAGUAGGCUGCCAUUUUACAAAUAAAGAAACUGAGCCUCUGAGAGGCUAAAAUGACGCGCCUGUGGUUCACAGGGCUCCAGCGUGGGAGCUGGGAUCUGAAUCUGAGUGUCCAGUGCCAGCCCUCUUUCCACUACAAGGGGACGCUUUGGUUUUAUGGUACCACAGGCUUGGCGUGUUGAUGAUUGUCCCUGAAAUUGUAGGGGGAGUUUAGUUGCUUAAUCAAAAGUAAGGAGGGUCUUAAUGGAGUGCAGAGUGUGUCCUUAGUAUUAUGAACAUGAGAACCCAAAGGACUCAGGGGAGAAGCGAGUGGGCUGCUCUAAGACUCUUAGGUUUUUCACAAGCCUCAUCCAUGGGAUAACUGCCAAACAGAUGCCUUAAAGUACUGGUACAGAUUGAAAUCCAACACAACAGGUCUGAGGUGGUAAAUUGCUACCUGUCCGAAACCGAUGUCCCCAUUGAGCAGUCUUGGAACACGGAAGGGGUGUAUCUUUGUUGUCUUGAGCUAAACUGCAAGGUGACAAGGUUCAUACUUUGAGAAUGUUCCUGUGAAGCAGUGAGCAGCAGUGAAUAGAAUGCUGAUCUUGGAGUCAGGAAGCCUUGGGUUCAGAUUCUGCCUCAGACACCAGCUUCACAACCAUAGCAAAGUCAGUGAACUCAUCUGUAAAAUGGAAAUAAUUAUAGUACUCAAAUGGUUCUGAAGAUCAAUGUAAAGCUCUAUAUAAAUGCCAGCAGUGAUGAUUUUUAAGGCAAUUUCAUAGUGUUUGUGACUUCGGGAAAUUAAAGCUCUGAGCCAUUUUCCAUAUUGUAAACAUACCAUAUCAGCACAGCAUCCUGUGCUAAUUGCUUCAGUAUCAUUAGGGGAAGAUCAUUGGACUCUAGGGAGGGAGACACUCAUCAAUGGGAGCUGGAAUAGUUAACAGGACUUUUACAAUUAUUAGGCCCACUUGUGGGUCUGCUGGCCCAGGCCCAAGAAAGGGCCGAGUGUGCAAGGGAAAACCAUUAAUCAUGGCCCCUUUUGUGGUUCUAUUGUGAAAGAUAAUUAUUAGCCUGAGUGAGACUUUGUGCCUUGAUUAUGUGUUGUGAAAAUAUUAAACUUCUUUAAACACUU